AUGAGGAAGUUAGCAAGUGAAGAAACAAAGGGACACCAAAGAUUAGAGAGUAAAGAAUCUCUGAUAGUGCCUAAAAAUUAUCAAAAAUCAGUUCCAAAACUUGAGCAGGAAGCGUUUAUCACCGAAAUUAGCGACCUUGGAUUCGACGGUUCAGCUAUAAAUUUUAACCAGGUCUCAGAGCCUGAAAUUUUCAACAGUACAGAUCUCAAGGACGACAUUAUUUGUGCUUUCCAGAUCUUUGAUCGGGAAGAAACCGGUCUAAUCUCCUUAGAUAAGCUAAGACUGGUCAUCACCCAUUUCGGCAACACCAUGGAGCCUGAAGAGGCUGAGUUAUUACUAGCCUCUAUCCAAGAUUUCAUCAUCAAGAAGAACGGCAAGAAAUAUGUCGAUUACUACACCUUAUUCUCUCCUGAGGAAAAGCCAAACAAAUCCUUCUGACCGUAGCUU